AUGGCGGUCCGCAUUCGUUGCUCAGAGUGGGAGAGUGACGAGCAACUGAAGAGCGACCUUGAGCGCUAUGUGUUAGCAAACUAUUCCAGGCAGGAGAUACUGGAUUUUGCUAGUCGGGACUUCCCUGAGUAUGCCUGGAGUCUGCCUACACUUAGCAGAAGAUUACAUUUUUUCGGAAUCAAAUACGUUCAGUACGAAACCAACGUUGAAGAUGUGAAGAAAGCAAUCGAAGAGGAAAUGGAGGGUCCAGGGUAGUAUCUAGGGUAUCGAGCAAUGCAGAGAAAAAUACGAGAGCAACAUAAAUUGGCUGUCCCUUGCAAUCUGGUCCAUGAUGUUAUGGGUAUGGUGGACCCCGAAGGACUGACUAGGCGAGGGAAUGUUGGUCAAAAAAAACGACAAAGAGGAGCUACUGGAACGUUCACAUCAUUGGUAAGUUCUCCCACCUUUUUGUGGCAGGUGCCCAAAUAUGUAAAAUUCAUUGAAGCAUUUUCCCUGAUCCCUUAGAGUAAGCCGUUGCAAAGUAGAGUAAAUAUAUGGGAUCAAAUGGCAUGUUAUGGCAACCUACCUCGAACCAUCCAACUUGUCUGCCUGUGCUUUUAUCAUGAAUUUCAAACUAGUGCAACAUGUUUUUAGACAUCUGCAAAAGACAUUUUAAAGGCAACGCAAGUAACUGGGGUAUCUGUGUGCUAAAAGCUCUCAUUAUCUUGCUUGUCCUUUUAAAGAUUGCCAAACAAAAUCCAUAUCAGGACAUUCUGGUUAUAAUAUAUGUUGAUCUCAACUUGCUUAUGCAUGCCUGCCUAUAGGUACAAAUACUUGACUGAUGGUCCAGGUCUUUUUGAUUAUCCAAAACAUGGUGGAUUUGGACACAAGCAAACCUGCUUCCCUUCCCCGUUUCUUUUCGUCUUUCAGUUUGGUGAGUUCCCAUAAAUUUUCUGAACUUCCCCAAUCCGAUCAGCCAAGGAUCCCCCUUCUGUAAUAGGCUUAUGAUCAUAGUGUCAUGUCAUAGUAGUUAUUUUAUUAUGUUGUCUUGUAUACAGGGACCUAAUCACACUCAUUCUGGGGAUGGCCAUGACAAGCUAAUGGGUUUCAUGAAUAGCACUUUUCCUUUAGCUGUUUACGGCUUGCAAGAUGCCUUUAGUGGAUACAUUUUGUAUCUGAAAUUAUGGACCACAAACUCUGACCCUAAGCUUAUUGGUCGUUGGUACAUGGAUCAUCCGUACAAAACAAAAGGUAACAUUGGUCCUGUAUGCAAAAUAUAUACAAUGGCAAUUGCAGACUGAUCAUGAUAUAGUCAAAGCUGAACCAUAGUUAACUACGGUUAAGCUCUACAUCCCGGGGAGGGGUACUCCCAUAUAUAAAGCUUAUAGGUAUGUGCUGCUGUGAAGGGUAGGGUUUUUGAGCAGUUUAGUCUAGGAUAGGGUAUUAAAAAUCAGAGCAUUUUGGUCUGGAAUAGGGUAUCAUUUACCGUAUAAGCAACUUCCUGUGACAGAAAUAAAGUUCCUGGAGACUAGCGAGUCUGGAAUAGGGUGGUAAUUUUACGCAUCUAGUCUAGAAGAGAGUCGCAAAACUCAAACAUGAUCUAGUAUAGGGUAAGGGUCUUAGAGUCCCAGCGACACACCCCUACCUUUGGGCUGAAAUUUUCUAUUUAUGGACCUCACCCAGAGGCUCGGUCCAUAAAGCAAAAAUUUCAUCCCUCAGUCUGGAAUUUUACAGUAAAGCCCUCAAACGCGGUUAUUAAGCAGUUAUUAAUUUUGAGUAAUGCACCGCCCCUGGGAUAAGGUAUUUUUCCUUGACAAAGUUAAUGUAACCAGCCAUUGACGUGAAUAAAAGGAUAAAAAUUUAUACAUUUCCACCAACCAAGUUGUGUGAAUUAGUUUGUAAACCAAAAGUAAGGUGAAGUCCACUAUUGGCUUGCUUUUAGACUUGUAAUGACCUCAGUGGUAAUAAACUUAUCCUUUUUAUGAUUAUUUACAUGAAGUUUCACUUGAUUUUCACGUCAUGUAAUUUUCGCAACACUUAUUUUUUUGCAUCUUUUUUAUUUUGCGAAAAAUCGUGAAAUUUUCAAAAUUAACAUGUUGCAGAAGCUUCAUGUAAUAAGGUAACUGAAAACAUGUGCAGUUAAUUUCCAAGUGAUUAUAAUUUUGAUGUUAUCCUGAUUUCACCUCUCUUUAUUAAUUGACCUGACACAUAGCCUGUGACUUGUAGUUAACACCUGCCACAUUUAAAUAUCAUGGAUCUGCAUUCUUACUAUGCUGUCUUUGCAUUUAAACAGGCACCUAUUGGCAUUCAUUUUCAUUCCUGUCAUCCAGAAAGAAAUGGAUAUCUUUAGGGAAACUGUGUGGAAUUCACAUAGAGUAAGGAGCCAAGAGGAUGCUCAGAUGCCUAAAGGGAUACCAUAUCACCUGUACUCGUUCCCUGAGCAAUACAAUGCAAAUGAGUGUGGUAAGGGUAUUUUACUGAAUAUUUGUAUGUUUUAG